AUGGCAAGUCCAAGAACAAGGAAAGUUCUCAAGGAAGUGAGAGCACAGGAUGAGAACAAUGUCUGUUUUGAAUGUGGUGCGUUUAACCCCCAGUGGGUGAGUGUGACCUAUGGAAUUUGGAUCUGUCUUGAGUGCUCAGGAAAACACCGAGGCUUGGGAGUUCACCUCAGUUUUGUACGUUCUGUAACCAUGGACAAAUGGAAGGAUAUUGAGCUGGAGAAAAUGAAGGCUGGAGGUAAUAGCAAAUUUCGAGAGUUCUUGGAAUCUCAAGAUGACUAUGAUCCCUGCUGGUCAAUGCAAGAGAAGUACAACAGCAAAGCCGCAGCUCUUUUUAGAGAUCAGGUAGCUACAGUAGCUGAAGGCAAGGAGUGGUCCAUUGAAACGUCUCCUGCCAGGAACUGGACCCCACCUCAGCCUAAAAUGUCUCUCUCUUCCACUCAUCGUUCUGCUGGACAAUCGCAGACUGCAACUGCCUCUUCUGACAAGGCUUUUGAAGAGUGGUUAAAUGAUGAUGUCAGCUCCUACCAAGGUGGCCAAGAGAAUCGCUAUGUGGGGUUUGGAAACACAGUAAACCCUCCAAAAAAAGAGGAUGACUUCCUGAAUAAUGCUAUGUCUUCAUUGUACUCGGGAUGGAGCAGUUUUACGACUGGAGCAAGCAAAAUUGCCUCGGCUGCUAAAGAGGGUGCUACCAGAUUUGGAUCUCAAGCAAGUCAAAAGUUUUGGGGCUACAAGCAGCAGCCAGAGCCGGCAUCAGAGUUAGGUCAGACAUUAAAUGAAAAUGUUCUCAAACCUGCACAGGAAAAGGUGAAAGAGGGGAAAAUAUUUGAGGAGGUCACCGUGGGGGUGUCACAGUUGGCCAGCAAGGGAGUUGGAAGUAAGGGAUGGCGAGAUGUCACCACUUUUUUUUCUGGCAAAUCAGAUUCUGAAAGACCAGCUGAGGGAGACAGCUACCAGAACAGUGGAGGGGAGGGCUACCAGAACAAUGCUGUAGAUCAAAGCUUCUGGGAGACCUUUGGCAACUCAGAUCCACCAAAAGCUCAUAAAUCUCCAAGCAGUGAGAGCUGGACCUAUGUGGACAAUUCCACAGAGAAGAAGAGCUCUGAUAGCUGGGACGUGUGGGGCUCAGGAACAGUCUCCAACAACAAGAACAGUAACAGCGACAGUUGGGAAAAUUGGGAGACCAACUGGGAAAACACAGGAGGGGAGAGCAAGACCAAAAAACCUCCUAAGGCAACAAAAAAGGCAUCUUCAGCUGAUGAUGGGUGGGAUAACCAGAACUGGUAGAACUGUGUUAACCCUGUUUUGCACAGCUAGGAAAGGGAGGCUAUGCUGGCUGAUUGAGGGGAGAAAGUUUUACACGCAGCUGGAGUAUCUUGGUUGACCUUACUGAUCUGUUACUUUCGUGCUUCCCGUUCAUUCUCCUUUCUUCUGUCUCAGUUUAGGGAAAAAAAAAAAAAGUAUCUGAAUCUUUUAUUACAUAAAGGUGGCUCUCCCUUUUUUAAGGAUAGUGAUAACUAUAUUCGCCUUGCACUA